CACGUGGAUACAUUAUUCCUUUGGUCUCUUGUUGGGCGCACAAUACCAGGCACGGGCGGGCAGACAGACAGACAGACAGUCAAUGUCUGCAUGGCAUGGAUGCACGUGUAGUGCAUGGCAUUGUGCACAUCUAAUUAUUAUCAUCUUGUUCGUCUCCUGCCUGCUCCUCCCCUCCCCCCUCCCUAUCUACAUCGCCCCCCUCCCUCCCCCCUUCUCCCUCCGCAUCCCCAUCAUCGUGCUCGGCGAUGGCCUCCAUCGCCGGCCCGCCACGCCGGGCCACACGGGGCGGCGUGCUCGGCACGUCUCUCUCGCCACCUGCAUCGUCGUCUUUUUGAUCCUCGUCCAGUGCCGACAGCAGGUGGCGGUAGGGCGCGGCGCUGGCCUUCAGGGAAUCGAUGGCGAGGUCGAUCAGCUCACGCGGCAGCUGACGCGACACACACACACACACACAGAGAGAGAGAGAGGGAGAGAGAGAGAGAAAACGUCGUGUGUAGAGAGGCGGAGAGGGAUCAGUCGGCUAACCUGUGUGUCAGGCAGCGUGUCCUUGGUGAGUUUGACGAGGCAGUCCUGGAACGCGGGCGACUGGUUGUGCUGCGCUAGAUAAACCUUCCACAACUCCUCUAUCUGAGAACCGUUUGAACACACACACACACUACUUUGCCGUCUGUCUGUGUUUCUUAGUCGCCCGCACCUGCAGUAUGGACACCUCUGUGGGCAGGUUGGUAAAGAGCUGCUCCACAGACUCACACACCACAUUCGACGGCGUGUCUGCACACACCACACACCACACACACACACACGCACACACAUACACAUAAACACGGGAACAGCUGCCUGCCUGGUCUGUGCAAGGUGGCCCACCUGGCAGCAUGGCGAGUGGCAGAAUGAGCUGUCGCACCACCAGCCAGUGAUCCAGCCAGGCCUGCUGACCAUCAGACUCGUCCUCACACACAUCUGCGCGACACACACGCACACCUUUACACGCUGAGAGCAUCACAUCACUGUGCUCGUGCCAUUCAUGACACGACUGGCUCACGUGCUCUCAGUCGCCCCCAAUCCAACAUCUUCCUGAGCACUUUGCCGAAGGAAGCCAGCGGCAGGAUGCCCUGACCCAACGCAGCGGCCGGACACAGCAGCUCUAACGACACCCUGCACGCAAGGCGCGAACGGAUGGAUGGCUGGCAUAUUCGUGUGUGUGAGCUCGUGUAUGCGGCUGGCUACUUGACUCACUUGAAGAUAUCGAUGACAGCCUCGACGUUUGCUGUGGUGAGGCCGCCUCCCCCUGUGUCCUUGCCGGGCACCUCUGCCGACCCGAGCUGGUCGAACACGUCCGCCAGACGGGAGCUGAACGGGAUGAACCCCUGCACGAACAACAAAUAAAUGAAUGACACACGCAUAUAAUCAAUGCACAAUGUCACGAUUGACACGCAGACAGGCCGCUGUCUCGCCUGCCAUACCUACCUCAGGCUUGUCCUUGAGCCUUCUGUCGAUGUGUAGGUAGAGGCGCCCGAAGGUUUGGAGCAGGGGGCCGAAGGUGGCCUGUGCGACGUCCGAGAGGGGGGGCUGGGGUGGGGCUGCCUGUGUGGAGUGUUGGAAGGGGUCGGCGGAGAGGCCCUCGAUGACGAGCUCGAGGGCGUGGCUGGCACAGUCGUGGCACUCCUUGCCCAGCACAUCCAUCGCCACACUCAGGCCCUCCUUAUCGCUGAACGAACGCAUCAGUGACAUGACAUACAUCUUGAAGCCACCUGCGUGUGGGUCUGUGCGGCUUACUCGGUGAUUUCCUGGAUGAAUCGUAUGAGUGCCAUUGGGUCGUCGUCGGGCACCGCCAUCUUGGGCACCACACUGCGAUCCCCGCCAUCCUCCCCCUGCCCCUGAUGCUGCUCGUCAUCGCUGUCGUCUCCCCCUUUCUUCUUGCGGCCCUUCUUGGCCUUCUUCUUCGGCUGCGGCGCGGCAUCCUGCCCACCACGGCCGGGGUGGGCCCGGUUGGUGCGGGGAGGGCCCUCCGCCGACACCCUGGAUGGGAUGGACCACACAGAGAAUGCAAAAAUGCACAUGUGGGUAGGGGCUCUGGUGCGUAUGUACCUGCCGUCCUUGGCGCGGAUGUCAUCGAAUCGCUCAUCAGCCGCCACUAGUGCGCUCCUGAUAGCGUCCUCCAAUACAGCCCAGCGGGCGGCCAACGGCACCAACGAGUCCACCACACUGCCAAGGGACAGCCAAGAACGGACAUGGGAUACACGAGAGGGGGCGUGUUCUGUUGUGCAGACCGACAUACAUACGUCUGUGUGUGUGUGUUGAAGUAGUUGAGGUCAAUGAGCUGUGCGGUGAUGCGGUCCUUGACGGCGGGGUAGUGCUCGCCGUACAGAGGGAGGUGAUACAGCACCUGACACACAUGCCAUGCACAGGUGGACGGCCGGCGGACACAGAAAGACGUGUGUGGUCACAUACUAUCUUUCUACCUGGUACAUUUCGUUGGCGAACUCUCCGUCGAGAUGUUCCAGGAAGGUCUCCUCCUGUGUCAAGUGCCCACAUCAGAUGGAUGUGACGCUGGCUGGAGGGUGUGGUGUUGUUCUUUGCGGCUGUCUGACUGGCUGACCUGGAAGUCCUUGAGCAGGGCCUCCUUGGCCUCUUCGGUGGUCUUGUCGAUGUCCUUGGCCGCCAGCAGCUGACGCACACCUAUCAGCCACACCCGCACGCUCUUGAUGAUGUUCCUGCGGAAGGAAUGCGUUCACGACACACGAUGUCACGCAUAAGAGGAAAUGGCCCUCCGCCCGCACGCACACACCGUUUCUCGUCGGCGUCAGGUGCGUCAGGUUCGACGGCCUGUUUCUUCUUGCCCUUCUUUUUGGCUUGUCGCUUGGCGGCCUCGUCGCAGCGACCGAUGGCCUCCACCGCCUUGGGAAUCUGCACGACCCAUGGAAGACAUGCCACGACAUGCAUGUGUGUGAGUGUGAGUGGAUAAUGGAUGCAGAAUGUCUGGCCAGGCCAUGGAUGCCUGCUGACCAUUCGUCUGUUGAUGGCCUGCCAGAGGACCCUGGCCUGCACCAGACGGUCAGUGAGGUCGAAAUCACUCAACGACUGACACACAGACACACACAACCACACCAAACAGCCAGACAGCCAGACAGCCAGCCGUGGCCUGAUCAUGGUGUGUGUGGUGUGUGUGCAUGGAGCGUCCGUCCCCACCCACCUGGCAUCUGGCCAUGAUGGCCCACAGAGAGAUGGAAUACUCCUUGACCAACUCGCGCAUCUUGUUCAGCUGCAUGAGUGAAUGAACGAAUGGACGUCGCGUCACCGCGCACAAUCAACCGACCGAUGCAGUUUGUGUGUGGUUUGUUCGUCAACUUCCUCACUCACCCGCUCUUUCAUCUCCUUCUCCUCCCUGGCGCGUGCCUGCUGCUCGCUCUCGUGCGGGGCCGGCCGGCCCUUCUCGAAGAUGAACUUGGCCAUCAACGACGACUGUACCGUACCACGAUGCGAUGCAUGUGUGUGCACGCGUGUGUGCGUGUGUGUGUCAGUUGUGUGUGUCUUACGGCCUUGUCGGCGACGGAUGUGACGUCCACGUUGGCCAGACUCUUCUUGGGUGGACGGGAGCCCGUCACUGCCAGCACGACAUAUGAUGCACGUCAUCGAUGUGUUGGGUGUGAUGUGGUGUGGAUAUGGCCACUUGACGCCGUCCCCUGCUGACUUAGACUUACUUUCGGUGACAGCGGAUUCGAGAAGGCUGAGUAGGUGGUCUUUGGCGAGCUGCCCGUGGAUGGUGGGCACCGACACGUAGUCAAACACGUUGAUGUCAGAGAUGCGCUCACUGACGAAACACAAGAGCACACACACAUACACACAUACACAGGGGCUGUGCUGUUCGUGGGUACUUGUGGUGGUGUGGUGUGGUGUGGUGUGGUGUGUCGCACAUACCAUCCAUGUAUCUGACCUGAUGACGUCGAAGUAUUUGGCUACGGCCUGCCGCACCUUGGGCGAGGUGUCGCAGAUGGGCUUGAAACGCUCCAAAUCCUUCAAGAUGUCCUUCUGAACAAACCAUGGAUAAAUGGAUGGAUGCGUUCGCCGUGCCUGCCUGCCUGCCUGCCCGUCCAGUCCAGUCCGGCCCCACCUCACUUACCACGUAGAUGUGCGUCAUGGGCUGCUCCAACAGCUCGCUGACACACACACACACACACGAGAGAGGUCUGCCGCUGUCUGUGUGUGGCGCGAGUGAAUGCCCACUGACCUGAGGCCCUCGUAGACCGAGGCGCGGACAGCCGUCGAGUUGAGAUCCACAGCUGCAUUGACAACCGCACACAGACAUUGAUGUGAAUCUGCGCUGCGCUGCGCCUGGAUGUGCGGCCCCUGGCUGGCUGGCUGGCUGACCGCAUCUGAGUACGAGUUUGACCAGUUUGUUCUGGUACUCCGGGGUGAACACCUGCCAGGCCUCAGACAUGUUCUGCCACACGGCACACACACAUUGAAUGCAAUCUAUGUAUGUGUGUGUGUGCCACGGUCGCCGACUAUGCUCCCCCGCUGUGUGCGUGUGUGUGUGUGGUUACUUUGCACACGCCUCGUAUGGCGGCCCGCCUGACGCCCUCGCUGUCGUCGGUGAGUCCGUCCUCGUAUAUCUGGUAGUGCUUGAGCUUCUCGUCCUCCAAAUCAGACACCGUCAUGGCAUGCGGACGCUGAACGAACCGACCCAACCGACCAGUGGAUGCGCACAGAGAGAGGGGUGGUUACACACAGUCGGCGUACCAGCAGUGGGAAUGCGGCGGCCAGCAGCAAGAAGGCGUUGCUUCGGACCUUCCAAUUCGCUACCUGAUCGGUGAUCGACACACAGACAGACAGACAGAAAUAUACAUCCGUGACGCCCCGGCCUCUAUCUGUCAAGACACCCACACCAGCCACCCAGGCACUGACCUUGAAGCUGCGCCACAGGAUGGGCUCAUAGAGGCGACACAGCAUGUCCAAACAGUCGUGGUGGCUGACAUGCGGGAGGGAGGGAGGGAGGGUGGGUGGGCGGGGCACACAACACACACACACACCCCUUGCAUCGCAUCAAGGCACAUACAUGGAUUGAGUGGCUGUGCUGGCUGACCCCUUCAUUUUGUCGUGGAAUGUCUGGAGGACCUUCCUGCACUUGGUCGCCACCUUGAGGUCGCACCACAACGCGCACUCCAUCAGGUCCUGCAGGCCACGCCGUCACCCACCCCACACAUGACCAUGGACAUGUGUGCAUGUCGGUUCUGACCUGCACGGCGUCCUCGAUGGCCAGCUUGAUCUCCUCAUCCGUACAGUCACCCUGGACGGUCGGCAUACACACGUGUAAUCAACGAAGACACCAGACACAUGAUAUCGCCUCACCCUCCCAGGCCCUCACUCACCCAGGCUUUGUGCAGUAUGUUUGCGUAGUGCUUGAGGUGGUCCUCGCGGCACUCCCGCACCUCAUUCUUGAUGUAGUUCUUCAUGUACUGCAGUGGGAUUAAAGGGAUCGACACACACACACACCACACAUACACACCACAUACACGAAGGCGUCAGGUGGGUGUGGUGUUGUGGGUGGGCUGCAUGUGUGUGGUGUGGGCAUAUACGUCGAGUAGAUAGAGGGGCAUGGACUCGUGGAGGUGGAACAGACGCGAUAUGAAAUUGCGACCGUACGCUCUGCAUGACAAACAACGUAGCACAGCUCGCGAGUGGCCCUCUGUGUGUGUAUGUGUGUGUAUGUGUGUCGCCCUGGUACACGGAGAAGAAGAUGGGCGUCAUGGCGCACUGUCCGAGCAGCUGCUUGACCAGCUCGUUGGCGCCCCCGUCAUACACCAACUCGUUCAGCAAAUCCCUGACCACACACACGCACACACACACACACACAGAGAGAGAGAGGGGGGGAGGGGGGGUGGCAGUCGGUGUGCACACAUGUUGCGCUGCCCCUCCCUCCCUCCCUUUCUCCCUUCCCACCACUGCUCGCUCAGCCGCUUGACAUCAGCCUGUGUGGCCUGCACGCAAAGGGCGGGAGGGAGGACAAAGACAGACAGACAGACAAACCAUCCAGUUGUCCGUUCUCACAACCACCCAUCCCUCCAUCCCUUUCUCUCUCCUUCUCUCUCUUGCUCAGUCAGUCAGUGGGUCACUUUGAUGCUGGUGGCCUUUGUGAGCAGGAAGAGCAGCAGGCCGCCCUGCACGGACUCGCAGCCCUCAAACCCCUCACUACACAGCCGCUCGUACGCCAUACCGAUCUGCUCACGGGGGCGUCCCAACGGCAGCAGGUUGAAGAAACCUGCAUGCCAUGCAUCAAUCAGCACACGUCACGAACAGAACAGACAGAUGGUAAGUGCGUCUUCUAUUGUACUUUGGCAGGCGUCUGCGGUUUGCAGCAGGCCUUCAGGCGCGCUCUUGACCUCCUGCUGCUGCUGCUGGUCACCAUCCCCCCGUGCGUGUGCGUGCUGGCUGGCGAGUGCCUCCACGGAGGAGAUGAGCAACAGGGCAUAGUUCUCCAACACACGACGAGCAUCAUCACUCUGAUCAACACAAUACAACACAUCACCAUGAGUGCAUUCGCAGCUGCUGAGUCUAUAUCUCCUCUCCCGUAUUGGCUCACCAGGUACUCUCCCUGGUCCGAUACGAUGUUUUGGCUAUGCAGCUCCGGCCCGACCACAUCAGCCACGGUCACCCACAGGGCGUCGUGCUCAUCGUACGGCAGAUCUCUCAACUCACCAACCAGAUCCUCCUGAACCACCCAUCCACAUCACAGCCACACACACAUGCGCCAUCCGCAGAGGGUGCGAGCCGGAAGUGGGAUGCGUACCUUUGUCCCUUUGGCCUCUACGAAGGCAUUGAACGAGGGGAUGUCGUCGAAGGAGGCGGGAGGCGCCUCCUCAGGUUCAUCUUUCCUCUUGGGCAUUUCUGAC